AAAAUAUUUGAAACGGAACCGAAGAUUGAAGGCUUUGUUUCAACCGAUCACAAUUACAGGGGACCAGCCGGAAAAGGUUGCUCAGGCGCGUUUGAUUGAGGAUUUAAUCAGCAAGUUUCACCUCCUUUGUGGGAUAUUUUGUACUCCGUUGGCCUAACCUGAGCCAGAAUGACGGACCGCUACAACAUCCACAGUCAGCUGGAGCAUCUCCAGUCCAAGUACAUUGGUACAGGACAUGCUGACACCAGCAAGUGGGAGUGGCUGGUCAACCAGCACCGUGACUCUUACUGCUCCUACAUGGGGCACUUCGACCUGCUCAACUACUUCUCUGUUGCCGAGAACGAGAGCAAAGCACGGGUCCGCUUCAACUUGAUGGAGAAGAUGCUGCAGCCUUGUGGGCCACCGGCAGACAAACCCGAUGAUGCUUAGAGUAAAUUGUCGUGAGCUGUGGGUGUUUGUGUUAUCACGGCUGGAUUGAGUUGAUGGACAGUUUUCUGCUAAAAGUUCGUAUGACCCACUUUAACAGCAGAAUAGGAAUAUCGUGUUUGCCUGGAGACGAGUGAAAGAUAUACUUUCCUCCCUACAGGGAGAUAUGAAGACAUAGAACUACUGGAAGAUUGUAAAGUUGAUGAAAAACAAGUUCAUAUGUCUCGUCACCCAACUGUGUCUUUUUGUACUAAGUGAUCGAGUUGUAUUUUGGCACAAGCUUCUUCUAGUUUGAUUAAAUUUUGGUUUUUACUUGUAGUUCGAUUUUGUAUGUGAGGGGUAAUUUCAUUCAACAAGUAUGUUCCCAGACAUUACUUUGCAAUAUGGAGACACCGUCUUAUGAAAUGCGAAAGGGAUGGCACUCACUUUACAUUUUGGCUUUAUUUUUUGUAUAAGAUGGAUAUUUGUAGCUCUGGUUUCAAUGAUCAAGUUUUCUCUGGCUUAAACUGAGUUCUCUUUGGGAUUUUAGAGUUCUAUCAGAUUUUCUUUGUAAAGAUUAUAAUUCAUUCUUUGUGUAAACUUUAACUAUUAUUCACAUACAACAAAGCAUAAAAUCGGAUUCCUAUUUAUAAAUCAAAGCGUGUCUCAGGAACGCGUAAGGACUUCCUGUCAAGCUGUUAAAAGUUUUCAUUAACUUAAUGAACAGAGGAGGGAGAAGCACACAGAUUUCUGAGUAGUUGACUUUUCAAUUACUGAUUUAAAAACUGAGGG